AUGAACGCAGGCGCGCCUGCCAACAAGCAACAUCAGCAAUGUGAACGUAAGGCCUCCCGCCUUCGUGGAGGUGGUGCCGCUAGGGACUGCUUCCUUGGUGCCGUCGAGUGCUUCCUCUGCUUCGAGUGCUGCAAGGACUGCUGCGAGUGCUUCGCGGACAUCGUUUGCUGCCCUUGCGAGAUGUGUUGCUAG